GUUAAAUUCCUAUGGGUGUCUUUCACUCCCGCUUUCUGCCAGUCUGGAAAAUCGGUGUUGACAAACUUUGUUUCGGAGAGCAUAGAAGGGAUUGGCAGCUACAGCCCGACGCAAGGUGUAAGGAUCCUGGAGUAUGAGAAGCCGAACUUGAACGGUAACAGCAAGGGAGCUGGGUGUCGAUUUGAGUUGUGGGAUUGCAGUGGUGAUCAAAAGUUUGAAACAUGCUGGCCAGCUCUGAUGAAGGACUCUCAUGGCGUAAUAAUAAUCUUCAAUCCUGAGCUGCCCAGUCACCUGAAAGAAAUUGAAAUGUGGUACUCCUGUUUCGUGCAGCAGCAACCACUGCUUGAUAGUCAGUGUCUCCUGGUUGCACAUCACAAGCCAGGCAGCAUGGGGGACACGGAAAAUCUGUCCUUGGCUUACCCGCUGAACAAGCUAAAACUAAUACAUUCCAACUUAGAAGAGGAUCCUGAAGAUGUUCGGAUGGAAUUUAUGAAAUACUUCAGAAGCCUUAUCACCUUAAUAAAUGAGAGCAGAGAGAGGGAAGAAAUGUCAAUUAUCUCAUAACAUUAAAAGAAAUACUGAACAGGGAAGAAAAGGGGUUAUUUUCACUUUGUAAGCUGUACUAGCCUGUGAACAGGUCCUCACAACAAGAAUUUUCCAGCCUAUAAACACUUCAACCUAUAAA